UCUUCCAUUGGCACAACCACCAUCCGGACUUUCGACUUCGCGAUUGUGUCUCCACGACAGUUACCCGACGACUCGAAGCUUCACCAACCCACCAAUCGGCGCUUGUAUAUCCACAAUGGCCUCUGGAUACGGACUUCACGGAGGCCCAUCGCGGUGCUUCCCCUACUGGCAGGAGCUCCUCGGCUGCUACGUCGUCAACACCAGCGGCGAGGACCACUCGGAGAAGAAGAAGUGCGGUUUGGCUCUGGAGGAUUACUACGAGUGCUUGCACCACAAGAAGGAGGCUGCGAGAACGAGGGCGCUCCAGGCUGCCUACCGAAAGGCCGAGUCGGCCAGUGCACGAGACAACGCACCGAGCGCGGGGCAAAUACGCAACCUGGGACUACUCGGCAAGGAGGAUGACACGAAGGCUGUAACGGGGUCGGGUUGAGCGAGAUAAAGUUGAAGCCAGGCCCGAGAGGGGCGAAACAACAUGUACAUGGCGCGAACCGGAUAGGUAGCUGCUGCAGGCACCAAAUGAUCAACACCAGUUUUCUUUUCA